CUCCACACACACCCUCCUCUUGUGUUGCGUACCAUGUGUUACUCUCAGUUACUCAUUUUCUACACUUCUUCCUCUACUUCCUUAAGGAGAAAUACGUGAGGGUCAUCAGAUGUUUCUCACAUCUCUCACGCUAAACAUUCUCCAAGACCCACGACGCCUCCCCAUGAUUCUUGUAUUGUAAUAGAUUUGUGGCGUACCUAUCCCGUACGAAGUGUUCACUGAAAAAUGUGUGGAAUGUGACAACACGAUAUAAAAUUGGUGUUACCUUCUUGGAAUGUUGGUGAAGAGAUAACUUUUUUUUAAAGUUUGUUUUGACCGAGUUACAGAAAUAAGUAUUUCAUAGAAAAUCAAAUAGUCCAGCUAUAUAUUUAUGUGACUUAUUAAACGACCAUAACAAUUUGUAAGUAACACUGAAAGUAAAAUUGGCUAGAGUUAUAAGCUGUUGCAUUUAACCAUGAAUAUUAUUUGUUAAUCGUAUCAUUUUUAGUCUUUCCUCAUAGAAAAAAUUUUUUUUAGUGAAAUUUUCAGAAAAUAUACUUAAAAUGAAAAUAUACUUAGUAAUAAAAAAAAUCCAGUGUAAAUCAUGCGAAAAUAUCGGAACUGCUUUUUUCUGUUGGCACGAAAGUAGUGAGGUAGAGUGGCAUCAUGCAGACACUAAAGCUGGCAAGACCAGGUACAACAGGUGAAGAACUUCACACGUGAACAUUGCAAGACCCACCCCAUCACCCUAGCCUAGUUGUCCCCCACCCAACUGCCUGAUCAGUGUCGCUGACUUGUGCUGUGGUCACCAUCCCAGCAGUCUUAUUGUUGUGAUCUUGCCUUCAACUGCUUCUUAGUAACUGUCCUGUAUGCAGACUGUGGCUAAGAGCUGUUAUCCUACCUCAGCUCAUUUCAAAGCCCAGCCGUGUUUAAUAUAAACUGCCACACCCGGGAUGCGAUCCACACCAGUCGGCUAACACCCAGGUGCUGAGGCGGCCAGACUCAUCGUAUAUUUAGUGGCACAGUGACGGCUGCGAACCUGAGGGUGUUGUGGGGGGAGGCAUUGAGGGAGGGGCAGCAAAGGUGGGUGCCGGCAAGGUGGGGGGCAGCAGAGAGCCGGGCAGAGGGCGCCACAGCAGCAACAGGCAAGCGUGCCCAAUACCUCACAGUGCCAGCAGGUCUGGCGGUGUGAGCGUGUGUUACAUGUGAUGAGUGAACAAUUCCUGCAGGAUGGAGUGCCACCCGGGACGCCCACCCGGGACCUUACACCCCAACCUCUUUCUCAGGAGCAGGACCCUCAACAACAGCAGGAGGAACAGGAACAAGAUUCCCAAGAGAUUUUGCAGUCGGGGGACGCUGACGGUGGCUUGAGCAUCACAGAUGACGACGACAACAGGAAGAUGUCGCAGGAUUUCUUAAUAUCAGCCAGUCCCAGAGGCUCACCGUUGUUGCAGCCUUCAGCUCAACGGCGUUACCAAGACUCAGACUCGUGCCCGAGUGUGUCGCCCAGCCCUGACCCUGAUUCCCGUCUCACCACCUUUGACUUCAGCAUGAUAGAUGUGCCUGUAGAGGGCGAAGGUAUAUCUGCGGCCUUACAAACAGAACGCGAGUUUUUGGAUUUUAUGUUAUCACUUCCUCAAGUACAGAAAGAAGGUCCGGGGCGGCCAUUACAUGCACCAAAGGAAAGCCCCGGUCGGGUUCCUCAGGUACAAAAGGAAGGGCUUUCACAGAAGGAAGGCCCAGGACAGCUCCCACAAGAAGAUGCGCUGCAAGUGCGUUCUGAACAUCGCAGCCCCUCGCGGCCACCUGCUACUGUGGGUGGUGUAGUGAAUACCAAGGUAGGCCUGGAUCACCUCGAUAAUCUGUGUCGUAUGAUGGAACAACUUGGUGAACUUCGAGAACAAAAUACUCGCUUGCAGCGACGAGUUCACUAUUUGGAAGAGCUGCAGACCCUCCAAGAAAUGCAUCGCCACCUUCAGGAAACACUAGAAGCUCGUCGCUCAGGGCUGGGACUGUGUCCAGUUCACUUGUCGGACUCUGAUUUGCAUCUAGACGAUGACGGCGACGGCGGCGCCGGAGACUUAUCACAUCACGGGUCUGAAGAGAGCCUUCUGCUGCUCAGCCAUCGGCCCACACACAAAGGUAAGCCUCGAUCUGCCCAUACCAUGGUCCGCUCACGCAGUAAAUCAGUGGGUACAGACCUACUCAAUACAGAUACACAACCAGUACCCAAAACUAAAGUCUCGGGAUGGAAAAGAGUAAUAGAAGCUCUGAAAUGGGAACGUGCCCUUUUGCUGCCCCCUGCGCCUACCCCGGCCACUGCCACUAGUGCCCACCACCCUACGUCCCCCCAACCAACCCCUAGCCCUCAGCCCACCACUCACCAGGACCCGUUCUUACGUCCCCAUUCCUCGUCCUCGUCAUCCAGCAUUCUGACGGAGGUAAUGACCGAAGAGGAGCUCAACCUCUACCGCCAGAACUUCGACACUAGUCAGCUGCUGGAGCUGCCGGAGUCGUCGUGUAGACGACAUUCAAGCUCAGAAGACGACCGUCGAGCUGCCACCCUCGACCGCGACUCCAGGGCACGACCCCACGACAAGGAGAAGAAGGGACACCGCUCAGCAUGGGGCAAGGUGAAGAACAUGAUCAGCACGCGGCGGGACAGUGUGAGGAAGAAAUCGACAUCGUCUCACCGCAAAUCUACGAUGGAGGAACCUGGUCAUCAUCACCACGACCCCAACACUGGUAUCGCUCUUGAAGUCUCCGCUGCUUCAGACCCCGAGGACUACGAAGUGGAUUAUGAUGGACUGGCAGCUGAGGCGGGGGAUGGUAUGGUUUCUGCAGGAGUGUGUCAAGAGGGCAGCGAGGGAGAGUGGGAUGCUGGAGGAGUGUGGACGGGACCUCGCGAGGAAGAGACUCCUGUCAUGGCUGCCGCAUCUACCGUCACCACCGCAAACACCACCACCAGUCUGGGGGUCCGCAGGGCCAAGCCUCAGCUCACUAUCACAGUUCCCUCCAGCGAGGAUCUCACUCACCUCCAUGGAGGAGGAGAGAGGGCUCGCCACUCCCACAGGUCGCCCAAGUCCCGCCACAGGAAAGUCUCUCCAGCACAGUUGGAUCCCCGCGUGUCUCCCUCGCUGCCUAUGACUCCUCCCUCACCACGCAGAGCCUCCAACUGGACCAAGGUUAAGAAGGCCUUCCUCACUACCCAGCAGCAACAGCAGCAACAUGCAAAGUCCGAGCACCAUCCCACUGUCCCUGGAGGGUCAUCAUCCCUCCCUCCGUCACCCAGUAAGAAGACCUCCUUCCACUUUGAUGGUCCAUCACACCUGGGUGUAGUGGAGUCUUGCGGCCUCUACGACUCUUACUCUCCAGUAGUGUCUGUGGAGGUGUCCCCAGACGACCUGCUACCCCACACCACACCCACUCCCUCGCCUCAGCCUCACUCAACACCAUCACCUCAGCUUCCCCCCGCCCACCACCACCAUUCAGGAGUUUUGGCUGAUUUACAGAAGAGUCUUAGCGGAGAGUUCAGUAGACGUCUACAAGAAUGGGAGAAACUGAAAGGCGGGGCGGGUGGCCCAGGAGGCUUCAAUAACACAUGUGUUGUGCCGAGUUGUGCAGCAGCUGCUGCUGUUGCUGCUGCUGCACCACCCUCCACCGGAACAAUUGCCACCCACCCCGAGGAUAACCUUCCCUAUGAGUUCCGCAAGAAGCUCCACGAAUGGGAGAAGAGGAAGGAGAGGGAGAAAGGUAAGAAUGAGGUUCCACGAGGCCAGGAAGACGUUAAAACAAAGAUUCAUGGCGAAGAGGACCUUCCUGCAGACUUCAGGAAAAAGCUUACCGAGUGGAAGAUCCGCAAGGCUCUUGUAGGACAGAGUCAGCACAACGUGGAGGAACUGCAGAAAAACCUGGGUGAAGAAUUCAAUCGUAAGAUGGCAGAAUGGGAGAGAAUCAAAGCUUCAGCUAACCAGGGACACAUUAAGCCCACUCCGGGGCACCCUCAGGUAAAGUCCUCGGCCUCUGCAGGAAACAUACAGGUUAAAGCAUCAGCCUCUGCAGCUCAAAUGCACAAAUUUGGCAGUGUCUCCGGUCCAUCUCAGGUGAAGCCUUCCGUCUCUGCAAGUCAGGUCCUCCCAAAACCCACAACUGCAGGAAGUUCGAGCCCUAGGCUGGACAGAAAAGGGUCAGGUCAGAAAAUAAAAAAGACAAAAUCAGGCAAAACGGAGAAGGCACCGCUGGGUAAGGCUGAGAGCGGCCACAAGGGGCGCGACAAGUCUGACAAGGAACUACAGUGGCUGGAGAAGGAGCUACACAAAGUGGAACGCGAGACCCAAAGGCUUGAGAGGGAAAAGGAGAAAUUCCUGGAAAGACAAGCCAGAUUGGAGAAGAUGCGUCAAGCGAUGGGUCAGGGGGGUCCAGCAAAGAAGAAAGAGAUCUACAUCAAGACGUCAACGGGAGAAUUCCGCUUCGAGGGUAUCAGUCAGACGUUCACCAAGAAGUUGUACGAGUGGGAGGAGCGGCGAGGCAUCCGGCCAGAGUCCUCCACCAUCGCUCUCCUCGACCCUAACUACAAGGCUCCAGAGAAGGAGGUCCUCGAGAAACCCAAGAGCCCCGAAGUGCUCAGGCUGGUCAGAUCUAAAUCAGAGUCAUCGAUGAAGGCGGAGCUAGUGGCCACCUCGGUGCACUCACACCCGUCCAGCCUCUCACUCAACGAAAUGGAAACAGAAGAUCCCGGUCUUCAAGCAGAGAACAAAGCAGCGAGUGAGCCCACGCUGGCUGCCGACGACAUCACCACACCAAAGGUGGCCGUGUUGGUGCAGUUGGAGGAGGUGGUCGAUGACACCCCGUCCCUCCAUGAUCUAUCCACACCCUACGCUCCAGCAGAGAUCACCAGGAAUAUCGACUCCUCCGGCAGUGAGGAGGAUGUGACACGUCGUCGCCGCGCUGACGACGACGAGGACGUGGUAGACAAACUACGACGCUCCGACAGCAGUCGCACGCAGGGUUCCUACCGCUCUCUCCUCCACGAGAACAUGAGUCUCCUGGAUAAACUCCGCCAGCAGGAGGACCUUUGCCGCGCCCUCGAGACCCAGAUGGGCGAUAUCGACUCCAAGAUGGACAACGUGGCCGACCAGCACCUCAGAACCCUAGAGAAGCUACACCGACAAGUUACCAUGAUAAUGAAGGACUCGAGCAGCAUCCCGCUGGGUGAAGAGGACGACCACCACACUGCUGCUGACGAUGACACUGAGGCCAACCAACGACUCAUCAACCAGCUCAAAGCUCGCAUCGUCGAGCUGGAGAUGCGGGGAGACCACCUCAUGGACGAGAAGGAGCAGCUGGAGCGCGCCUUCAAGCUACACAAGGAGCACGAGACUGAAAUUGCAGAGUCGCUAGUGCAGAGAAUCCGUGAGCUGCAGGACGCUGGCGCUGAGGUCAACAUUCAGACUGUACAAUGUCCAAGUCAUGAACUCAGUCUUCCCCCUGAAGACAGCGUGGUCGUAGAGGAGCACUUGCCUGAGGUCCUGCAAGAUGAUCGGAAGACCAAGGAAAUGACACAGAAGGCCACAACAGAAGGCCUGGCGAAGGAGGAGACGUCGAAGGAGGGAGAGUUGAAGAUCGUGGAAAAAGAGGUGGAGAGGCGGGAGAGUCGACCCCGGGAGCAUCGCAAAGUCAAAAAAGCUCCGCCCAAGAAGGUUCAGAAGCUACAUAACCUGACGGGCGACCUCCUCUUCCAGGCCAAACGACUGGAGCAAGCGCUGGUGGCCAAGCAUGGUCUGGAGCGUCGAGGUGGAGGAGCUGGCCACGCCGCCACCGCUGCCGCCUACCGCCAGAGGAGCCUGCGAGGACGCUCCUCGCUACGGCUCGCCGGCGACAUGACUUCUCCCCAGCGUCGAGGAAAGGUCACCCCAGCCAGAACCUGGUCAUCGAUCGAGGCUAUAGUAGUACCCGGCGAUUCUCCACACGGUUGCGGGAGCUGGGAGAGCAGCAUGGGCCUUGGCCAGGAGACAACGGCAACUGGGACGCUGACUUCCAGCAGAAGUUUCAGAGGACACUCCUCUUCCUCCCCCUCCUACACCUGCGACCCUCAGGACCUGCUGGCCAUGAACGCCGAGCUCAGUCGCAUGGCCAAAGAACUCCGGGCCGAGAUGAUGAAGAUGUGGAGCUUCAGAGAUUCCACCUCCCCGGAGUCUGAGACAUCAGAACCCAGGUCUUCCCGGGACCUACAGGAAAACCCGCUGGAAAAAGACCGAUUGGUGGCCGAGGCUAACGAGGUGUUCCAGAGCAUAGCGCUACUACACAGUGAUGGCUCGCCUCCAUCCCCCAAUGCAGGCAGAUCGCCCUCUACUCGUUCUUGCAGCUCCCUGUCAACCACCUCCAUUUCCAGACGCCGAGAAUCAGCUGCCCUCGAGGAAAAGCGCAGCCGUCGUACUGCUGAUGACAGAGAGCGCAGAUCUGCCAACAGCACACCAUCGAGAAGAGAAUCAAAUCGUCAGCAGAAGCAGUUGGAAGAUGAACAGCAUCAGGAGACAGAUAUCAGCGUGUUCUUGCCAGGAGGAGCAACUUUAGAGGAGCUGCUCAUGCGGACACAAGAAGAACAAGAAGAGGAGGAAGAAGAGGAGGAGGAGGAAGAAGAAGAAGAAAGAGUGUGGGAAGGUGCAAGACGGCGCUCAUCAGACGGAUUGUCUACAGUUACUUCUGGCCCCUCUCGCUCUCACUCCCCAUCACCCAGCAUCGUCUCCAGUGCCCCGGAGGCUGAGUCGUCUCCGCGAGUGGAGGAAGCUGACGCCGAAGAUGACGAUGACGAAGAUGAUGAUGACGAAGAUGAGAGCAUCUCCCUUCCAGGGACCUGGAGGACCACCACCACCUCCACCACUCGCUCAGCUGAGCAUAUGCUCUCCUCCAGCUUCGAGUGGGAAGAUGAGGGAUCAGAGGAGAGGAGGAAGCACAGAGGGAGGUGGAAAACCGUUGCAGAAGUAGAAGAUGAAGGAACGGAUGAAAAGAAACCAAAAGGAAGGUGGAAAGCAGUAGUUGAGGAAGAGGAUGAAGAAUUAGAGAAGCCAAGAAGCAGGUGGGAUGCAGUAACAGACGUAGAAGAAGAAAUAAAGCCAAGAGAUAGAUGGAAAAUAGUCGAUAAAGAUGAAGAGAAAAAACCUAAUAAACCAAGAGGAAGGUGGAAGACAGAAGAAGAAACAGAACCUGAAGAGGAGAAGCCACAAGAUAGGUGGAAAACUGUAGCAGACGAAGAAGAAAAAAAAACAGAACAAAAGCCAAGAGGUAGGUGGAAGGUAGCAUCAAAUGAAGAACAAACUGAGAAGAAACCAAUAGGUAGAUGGAAGGCAGUAGUAGAGGAAGAGUGUGAAGAGGUAACGAAUAAACCAAGAAGUAGGUGGAAAGCAGUGGUAGAAGAGGAAACAGAAGAGAAUAAACCAAUAGGGAGACGGCAAGCAGCAUCAGAAGACGAAGAAGAAAAGAAAUGGCAGAAGAAAGCAAAUGGAAGAUGGCAAGCAACAACUGAAGAAGAAAAAGAAAGACAGAAGAAACGGAAUGGAAGAUGGCAAGCAGUAGCAGCAGAAGAGGAAGAAGAAAGGCAGAAGAAACCAAAAGGGAAAUGGAAAGCAGAAGCGGCAGCAAAAGAAGAGGAAAGUGACAACGAAAAGCAGAAGCCAAAAGGAAAACGGCAAGCAGAAGCAGAAGAGGAAGAACAAGAAAAAGGGAGUCACAAUAAACUAAAAGGCAGAUGGAAAGCAGUGGUAGAGGAAGAAGAACAAGAAUUAGAAGUAAAAGAGGAUCAAACGAAACCAAAAAGAAGAUGGCAAGCAGUGGCAGAGGAAGAUAAACAAGUGCCAAAACAAAAAGAAGGUAAAAAGAAACCCAAAAUGAGAUGGCAAGCAGUAGUAGAGGAAGAGGACAAGGAGGAGAAGAACGAAGUGUCUUCAGCGGGUGCGAGUGAAACAAGCCAGAGCUUCGAGACAGAGGUGACAGUGACACUCUCAGUGGCACGGCAGGCGGGCAGGGACCUAAGGACACGACGUAUCUCAGACACCCAGGUGGAGUAUGAGAAUUGUGGGCAAAACAACAGGGACGAGUGUUUUGCUUACACCUUCGGUAGGACCGUGUACGAUGAUGAGGCACUGAUUGCUGGCAGACUUAGUCGCAACCCGUCAGUGCGAAGGGCCAAUUCUGGCGACGCUGACGAGGCUCCUUGCCGGAGGUUUAGGGCCUUACCCUCCGUGGCAGCAGACGACCCGUUUCAAACAGACAAGUCCCCAGACGUCUUUGUACCUACAAAACGAACCAUUUUUACAGUGCACGGUGGAGUCCGUAACCCUGAGCAGGCUCGUGCAACUCCCACUUUCGUAGAUAGUCAAGAUGAUGAUCAGGAUGUUGGCAUGGCUCCUUGGCGCAGGAGUCACAGCCAACCCACCUCUCCAAGUGAGAAUAACAGCACUCCAUCUACCCCAGUGCAAAAGAGAAGAGACAGUUCCAAAGAUGCUAGCGGCCAUCAUAGCAACGAGAGUAGGAUUAGAUCUAGUAAGCCAGAACUUGAAAGGUCCAAAUCGGAAAAUGGGGCUCUUAUGAAAUACCCACAAACUCAAAGAUCUGAUACAACAGAAAAUGUUAAGGUAAAAACUCAGAGCGAUUUCUCCACCAAAGAAACUGAAAGAGAUGAAACACGCGUAGACCUUAUUACAGAGGAAGUUAAAGUAGUAUCACAAGAAGUAGUAGAUUCUAACAUCCUUGCAACAGAAGAAGCAUCGGGAGAAGAUUUAUUAGAAGGCCAAACACCUUCUACAGACAUUUUCAAUGUAGAUGUGUCCCUUCCUGACGAUGUUUCAUCGUGUCAGACCCAGCAGGUGGCUCCAUCCCAUCUGUCUACUAGUACAGCCGUCACUGCUGUUCUCCUUCAGAUGCCACCACCCACAAGUCCACCAAUAGAGUCGAAAAAGAAAGUUUUGGAAGCUGUCAACGAGGGAGUUCCCGCAGUACGAAACAUCAUUCAAAAAUUUAAUCAACGCAUCACAGAAAAUCAAGAACUACUUGGAAGUCCAUUCCGAUCCCCGCCAACUACCCCUCCCCCGUGGCAGUCUCCUCGUACGCAAAGGAGAAUGUUAGCAGAAUUAAUGGCUCUUCACGCUAAGAAAGGAAACGACAACUCUCUGGGUAAUAUUACAAUAACCCAGCCAGAAUCGUCUCAUUCCCUGAGUGUAAACCCUAUUAGUGGUGUUCUGAAGUCUCUAAGUGCUUCGGUAAUUGCCUCUAGUCCUGAACUCCCACAGCAGGUGCAGCGAUCUGCAAGUGGUUCACUUGUUCAGAAUAGCAAGUCUGGCACCAGUGAUGUUCAUGUGGACACCACUGGACUUCUUACCUCGCCACAUAUACCUAAACCCAAAGAUCCAAGAACCGGUGAUAAGCGAAGUGGUUCACCAGCUGCCAGCCCUGCCAUAACGCCUGUUCCUACUGACCCUGACACUUCUUGUGACUUGGACUUAUCAUUGGACGACCCUGACCAGGUCUUGCAUGACCGCACUACAGCAACACCUGAGAGCAGAAGCCCUGCGGCUCACAUUCGUGCACUUAAAAUUAAGAAAGCUAAGGAAGAAUUUCUUGCACGUGGAGCUGCCCCAUUAACAGCAGAACAAAGGUUCAGUGGAUGUCAUGACCAAAUAAAGCUUAGACACCGAAGUGGCACUGCAAGCACAGAGGAAAGCUGGCGAGAAUCUGAUGAACUCUACGCAGGAGGACCAUCACCUCUUCCUUCGCCCACUCCAACAGAAGUGAGUUGCCAGGAUAGAGAAGAGACGCAUGAAAAACCACCACGAGCCUCUUCUCGGCGGCGCAACAUUCCAAAAAAGGAUUCAUUCCGAAGGCAGAGUGCUGGAUGCCUGAUGGAAGACUCAGCUUCACAAAAACUUGCGUCACAGGUUGUUAAAUCUGCCUCAUCCGGAGUCCUGGCAAGUGGAAAGAGACAUUCACGGUAUUCCAUAGAUUCGGAAUCUCCGGAUCGCAGAAAGACGUCAUUCGAACCAUGUGCUGAGCCAACCAAGUCAUCAUUAGGAAUAUUCAAGCUAUUUAGACGUAAUAAGAAUAGAGAUAAAAAAGAUAUGCCCUCUGUACAGAGGUUAUGUCGACAGAGUUUGCUAGUAGAUUUCGCCAACGGAAAAGGUCGUACACAGAGUGCUUCUCCUCAACCACGCUGUGACUCUUCUCUUCGUGCUUUACCAGAAGUUGAAGGUGAAGACGCCUCAGAAGCUGCACGCUCAUCAAAGACUCUACCAAGAGGAAGCUCUGGAGAAGCAGCCCUUCCUGCUCCUUCCCGUUCGUGCCCUUCGUCUCCAGUGGCCCCUCAUCGCUCCCGCACAUCCAACUGGCUGGCCCGUGGCCGGCAGAUUUUCAAAAGUCGCUCUCCCUCACCCGGCAAGAAGCCACGGUGACACGAAGCUCAAAAUCUGCAUCAUAUAUUAUUACUCAUUAAUUUGUAAGACUACUUUGUUGUACGAAUCUGUUAAUUGUCCCUGCAGUUCUGAAGUUUAUAUAUGCACUGUAACAAUAGCCAUCCUGCAUACUUGGACACAAUAUUCACCUCGUCAAUAUUCCUAUUUCAGUUGUUGCAAGAGUAGGAUAAAUUCUGAAAUUUAUAGUUUCAAUAUGAAUUUUGAGUGCAUGACAUUUGGAAAAGUAAAAUUUGCAUAUGAAGAAAUGCACAUUUAAUUUUUCAUUAUAACUGUGGCCUUGCUGUACCUUUUUUUUUCUUUGGUCUUUACCUUUAUUGUAAAACGUCCAAAGCUCUUGCUAACACAUGAGCUGCCUGUUAGCAGCUAUCUUGAAACAGUAUGUACUGAGCGGACCAAUUGUGCCACUGUAGUCUGAAAAGACUUAUUAUUGUUCUAGUCAACAGAAGAAACCGUCCAUAUCUCUUAUAUCUUCGUUUGUAUGAGGCAAAUUGCGGUUGUAGAGUAGCUAGUAAUAUAUACACAGCUCCAAAACAAUCUGCAAUUGUCAUGCCUAAUAAGCUAAAAUAGUCAGACAAACUGAACUUGUCAUAUAAAAAAAAUCGAAAAAAAUAUGCAUUAAUAGAUACAUUCACGUGAAUUAACAUUAUAUGCUGAUUUUUAUAUUUUCACCAAAACAAACUGCAACCUAAUCUAACCUUGCUAAAAUUAACAUAACAUAAUAAAGCUCCUGUCCAAGCUUUUCAAGGUCAGGCUAAAUUUAUUUAGUAUUAUUUAACAUUGAUGAAGCAUUUCGUUAUAUUCCGAUUAAUUUUCUCGAAGAUAUUAACCAGUGAAUUUGCACUUAUUUAGGAAAAUGAUUCUUGCCGUAAAAAGCAAGUCGGUUUAAAAAGCACGACAUGACGUUGGUACUAAUAUUUGUGGGGUUGUUAGUACCCACCUGGUUGUAAAUUAUUCUUUGCCAUUUUUGGUCACAUGGCCAGACGAGUGCCUUUGGUCUUUGUGCCAGUGUCUACUUGAAAUUUUAGUAAUAACGUUAAAAUUUGUACAUGAAUAUACUAUAUAUAUAGUUAUUUUUUGUAUAAUACAAUAAGAGUAAUACAAGGAUUAUUCACUCAUGUUUUUACAUUUAUAGGUGUUUCACUCUAUAAAUACAAUCAUGUGCAUUUUACAGUGCACAUAAAAAAUUAGAAGAGCUUAAAGCAUUACAUACAGUCAUAAUUUCACAUAUAUUUUACAUAUAACGUAAGUCAGUAUUAAUUUAUAUAUGUAUGUUUGUGUACUAAUGAUUACACAGCAAAUUGCAGUGUUACAGGCUGAGUAAACUUGACCUGGAGACCAUAUUUUGUCCACCUUUUGUUUUAAGACUUUACAGGGCCAUUAAGUCCACAGAAAAACAUUAUUCAUAAAGUAUACUUUAAAUCCCGGUAGUUAAAACAUUAUUAUUAUUAUUAUUAUUAUUAUUAUUAUUAUUAUUAUUAUUAUUAUUAUGAGAAGCGCUAAAUCCAUAUGGGCUGUACAGGGCCUGGGAUGGGAAGGAUAGUUCCAGUACUUGGAUCAAGAGCCCUUCACCAGAAUCAAAGCAAGCCCCCCCCCACCUUAAAGGGCACG